AUGGCUGGAAACGUUUCCGCUGGGACGACGAUUCAGACGACGCAAAAAUCAUCAUCGUCUUUGGGGGGGGUGACAACGAGGAAGCAAUCGCUCGCGUACAUCCUCUCGUUCGUCGCUCUGUUCAUGCUCGUCGCGUUGUGCGACUGGGAGAAUUAUACCUCUUCCACCACCAUCGGUGGGAAUACUAAUUUCGGCAGCGCAUUCAGAGAAGAUUCGAUGCGUAUCAUCAACGAUUUGGAAGGCGUGAAAUCGGAAAAGUUAUCCGAGCGAUUGGAAGAGUUGAGAGAGGAGAAGAAAAAGAUUGAAGAAGAGAUUAAGAAGACGACGAACGACAACGAAGAGGAAACGGAAGAAGAAGAAGAAGAAGAAGAAGACGGAAUGACAUCGACGAAACGAAAGAAAGAAUACGACGAGAAUAACUUCCCAGAGGCCAUCAUCGAGAACAUCGAACGCGAUUUAGGACACGGGGCGAGAGCGUACCGAGGACCGGAAGAACCGGCGAGGACGAUGGAGUUGGCGAGGUUGAGAUGCUUAAACGCGCCGGAACCGUGGUCGCCGUUUGAUGCCGGGAGGAAGAAGGAUAACGACGGGAACGUGAGAGGGAAAGGAGAUGGGAGGAGGAGGAGGAGGAGGAGGAGGAGGAACGUGCUUUCUUCUUUUGAGCGAGCGGGAAAAGAAGAAGAAGAAGAAGAAGAAGAAGAAGAAAUAAUAGAUAGUACUGGCGGGAGAAGGAAGCUUCUGGCGUAUAGACUUCCGGCGGGGAAAUAUAAACCUUUACAACCAAAGUGCGCGGCGAGCGAACGCGUGAAGAAAAAUAUAAGACCCGGCGAAGACGCCGUCGUCGGGUGCUUGAAAACCAACAGGUGCUCGCACGCCGUAGAAGACGUGUUUACAGCCAUACAAAAUUUGGAUGGAAUCAAAUCUUUAAAAAAUUACGUCAGUUGUAUCACCGUCAACGGCCAAACGAAAGGGUGCGGCUCGAUUACGGGCAACCCGGAAACGUUCCCGUAUAUCGGCACGAAACCGCCGCCGAAAGCGAAGAAAGAAACGACGCGAACGUAUAAAACAUGCGCUUUAGUCGGCAACGGUCCUGGUUUACAACGCGAAGGUAUGGGAGAAAUCAUCGACAAACACGAUGCGGUGAUUCGAUUCAACACGUUCGUCUCCAGCGGCGUCUGGCAAAACUAUACGGGAGUCAAAUCCACCUUGCGCGUCUUCAACAAAAAACGCGCGGAAACCAUGAAGAGCACGAAAAACGUCUACAUCUCCUCGACGAAAACGAAAGACAAAAAAGACGUCGAAAACGAGUUGUGGAUCUUUUGGAACUACAUGUCCUUCCCGUUCCUCCCUCCGGUUUUACGAGCGAACAAAAACACCGCCAUCAUGGCGCCAGACGUCAUCAAAUACAUGGUCAACGGCUACUUCAAAUCUCGAUCGGAUUUACACCGUUUAGGAUAUAAAGGUUUCCAGUGUCCAACCAACGUCAAUUCAGGCAUCCACGCCAUGUACAUGGCCAUGCAAAUGUGCGAACGCGUCAAUUUAUUCGGUUUCAGUUACAGCAUGGACAUGUUGAACAAACGCAACGACGCUCGAUCGCCGCGCAUGUCUCGAUUCCACGAUUGGGCGUUCGAUACCAUGUUGGUCAGAUUGUUGCAUCUCAGCGGGUACGUCAACGUGUGCACUUCGUAG